AGAGCUCAUGUCUGAGGACCGGGGACUCCUGCCAGCACUCUGCCCACUGGUGGCCCGCGCGUGAUGCACCCAUAGCAGCAGGAGGGGGUGUGGCGCCCACGGCCAGGCGGCGCGUUACACUUUCCGCCGGGUCCCGCCUCGGUCCCGGCCCCUCGGUGCUGACGUCACGCGGAGACCUCCCCGAUUUCCGUGGCCCACGCCACGUGCCCAGGCUGCCCCCCCGCCUGGCACCGCCUCUGCCGGCUCCCGAGGGCGCAAACUGCGAGGUGCCGACGGGCCGGAGGGCGUCCGAGCCGCUUGCUGCUGCCAAGGAGGUCCGACGCCAGGCGGAGCUGGGCCUCGCAGGCCCUCGGCCUCUGGUCCACGUGCCGGGAGCCCACGUGGCCGCUGCGCUCGGCCCGAGGGAAGGCCGUGGACGAGCUGGUGGCCAGGCUCUGGGCGGUGCAUGGGCGGCCGUGGGGCCUCCCCGGCGUGGCCAGGCCCGUCAUGCUGCAGUGCCGGCCGGCCCAGGAGUUCAGCUUCGGCCCCCGGGCCCUGAAGGAUGCGCUGCUGUCUACCGACCCGGCCCUGCGGCAGCUCUACGCGUCCACCUUCUCCCCAGCCGAGCGGCUCUUCCUGGCCGAGGCCUACAACCCCCAGAGGAUGUUCUUCCGCACGCUGCUCAUCCACUCAGCUUUCGACUGGCUCCUCAGCCGCCCGGAGGCGCCCGAGGACUUCGAGACCUUCCACGCUGCCCUGGCGCCCCGGAAGCAGAGCCUGGCUCGGAAGCACAUUUACCUGCAGCCCAUAGAUCUGAGCGAGGGGCCAGCGGGCGGCGCGCUCCUGGACCACCUGCGGAGCUGCACAGAGGCCUUCUUCCUGGGCCUGCAGGUCAGGUGCCUGCCAUCGGUGGCGGCUGCGUCCAUCCACUGCUCAUCACGUCCCAGUCAGGACUCUGACAGGCUCCAGCUCCACACAGACGGCAUCCUGUCCUUCCUGAAGAGCAGCAAACCGGGCGAUGCGUUAUGCGUGCUGGGCCUCACGCUGUCCGACCUGUACCCCCGCGAGGCCUGGACCUUCACCUUCGGCACGUUCCUUCCGGGGCACGAAGUGGGCGUCUGCAGCUUUGCGCGGUUCUCGGGGGAAUCCCUGCAGCGGGGGCCCAGCACCCCUGACCUUGUCCCCGAGGCACCCCUGCAGGACAGAGGCCGGACCGUGUGCUUCAGCGCCCUGGGGAUGGUCCAGUGCUGCAAGGUCACGUGCCACGAGCUCUGCCACCUCCUGGGCCUGGGGAACUGCCGCUGGCUCCGCUGCCUCAUGCAGGGCACCCUCAGCCUGGACGAGGCCCUGCGGCGGCCCCCGGACCUCUGCCCCAUCUGCCUUCGGAAGCUGCAGCACAUCCUGGGCUUCAAGCUCGUGGACAGGUACAAGAGACUGUACACCUGGACGCUAGCGGCGGCGGGGACGCGGCCUGGGCCGGCGGCCGGGGAGCCGUCCGUGUCGGAGGACACCCUGCCCUGCAGCGCGGACUCGGGCCUGUGCGGCGAGAGCGACUCGGAGCCUGGCAGCGGCCUGUCGGAGCCCCUGUCCCCGGACGCCUGGAGCCACGCCUUCCCCGCGGGCCCGGAGCUGGAGCCUGAGGACGGGCUGGGCUCCCUGGCGGCCGCAGAGAGCCCGGGGGAGGCCCUGGCGGAGCACGGGCGCUGGCUGGCGGCCUGCAUCCAGGCCCUGGAGAGGGACGUGACUGAGGAGGAGCUGGCGCGGGUGGACGGCGCCGUGGACGCCCUGGCCCGCUGGGACCUGUUCACGGGGCGGCUCCCGGCCCCCCGGCAGGACCCGCCCUGCGGCCGAGACGGCGCGGGGCUGCGCCGAGUCCUGGGCGACAAGUUCUCCUCCCUCAGGCGGAAGCUGAGCGCUCGCAAACCGUCCAGGGCCGAGGCGUCCCCGCGGCGCUGGAAGGCGGAGGACAAUUAGCACGGCUGGUGCGUCUUGUCUAGCGCCUGCCUGUCCCCAGGGCGCUGCGGGCCCGGCUGUGGGCGGAAGGGACGGUGUCUCGGGAAGCGGAAGGCGAUCCGUCUGCACGUGGACCCCGCACCCCCAGCCCUAACCGCAGCCUCGUGACGCGGCCGGGUGGGGGGGGCGGGGUCCCAGGUACCCCGAGGGCCGUCCUCGGGCCGCACCCGACCUCACAGAGCAGGUGCCGGGCAGGUGCCUGUCUCUCCUGCGGCCUGGGGCUCGGGGCUCUGCUACGGCGAACUCAGAUUGCAAGGCCCCAACGUGGGUCCUCCGCUCGAAGGAGGGCAAAGGGGGUCGUGUUGCAACCUACAAGGUCCCCCGCCUCCCCCGACCCCAAGCCCAUAGAAAGGGCCCCUUUGUGCGGCGCUAACCGCACUCUGACCCUUGGAACUUGGCGUGGGCGUCUCCCUGAAAGUUCCGGGUGGCCACCACCUACCAGACCACGUGCCCAGAGAUGUGCCGCUUCUUCUGACAACUGUUGCGGGAAGGGAGGGUGUCCCGUGUGCAGGUCUGAAGGUGCUGCUGCGUGCUGUGACUUGCAGAGGUGAAAGCAAACCGCGGCUCCAUCCUCAGGACAGUUUUCUGACAAAGGUGGCCUGGACCCCAACACCAGUGAGGGCAAGGAGAUGAGAUUUGUUCAAAACACCUGUGUCUGUGUUUUUUCUGGUCUCGUUUGACCAGUUGCUGAGAGAACAAGUGAUUUAGAUGUUAAAAUACCCAUCACCCCAGUAGAA